GGUUUAUAGGUAGGCAACCUGUAGUACUUUAGAAGAUGUUGGGAAUUUCAAAUUUUUUUUAACGAAUUUCAAUAGGAAAGUGAAAUAAUUAUAUAAAAAAAAGGUAAAAAAAUCAUACUAUUGUCAUAUUGUAAAAAUGACCAAAAUCAGUAUAUGCAUAGCAACUAUUAUAGAAACUAUAACCUUACAUUUUAAAGACCUCACAUAACCCCAAAAUAUGGCCCCUCCAAGGCAAAAUCAGCUCUUAGUAUUAAAACAGCAAAAACUCAAAGAUUUAGAGCGCAGUUUAAAUAAAAUAAUUCAAAAAUUGGACCUGGACAUUAAUCAGACGGACGUAGAGUGGUUGAACCUUAAAAGUCUUAUUUUGCAAUCCAAAGAAACCCUUGAAAAAAAGCCUACUCAAGAGCCUGAAGGCAAACAUCAACAACCAGAACAGAGAAAUUUCACCUCAUUGAAGCCUUUGCAACAAAUGGAUGAUUUAGCAGUGAAUGAGCUCGACAUGGAUUUGUCCUUAGGUCAGUUAGUGAAUCCAUCAAUUGAGGAGGAGUGUGACAGUGAUUAGGUGUGAUAUAAGUUAUUUUAGAAUGAUAAAUUUCAUGUUAUUUCUAAGGUUUUUAUUAAAUUAGAUAGUACUGAA